AUGUCUACUAAUAUCGUUGACACACUUAUUGCUAAAUAUGAAGAGAAAUUUACUGAAUCAAUUUCUCACCCAUUAACAAAUGAACUUUGUCAAGGAACUUUACCAGACUAUAAGUUGUUUACUUACUUAGUUCAAGAUUUGAAGUUCUUUAAUAUAGGUUUGAACUUAUUUGGUAAAGUAUUAGCUUUAUGUGAUGAUCCUCAACCUUCAAUUGUCUUAGGAAAACAAAUUGGUUUUGUAUCAAAUGAUGAAAAUGAUUACUUCUAUAAGUGUUUAUCGGAAUUAAAAGAAGAGAGCUUAGAUGAUAUUAAGACUAAGGUAUCACCAAUGUUAGAGGAGCCUGCUCUUACCUUGCCAGCAGUUCAGAAAUACCUUGAUUUCCUUAAUUAUUUGAUUUUUGAUUGUCAAUCGUAUGUAGAAUUAAUUACUACCAUGUAUGUAUUAGAAAAGGUUUACUUGGGUUGGGUAGAGUAUAACGAACAUAGAAUUCCCUCAGACUUACCAUAUAAACAUCUGGAAUGGAUAAAAUUACAUGGUGGUCCAGACUUCACCAAAUGGGUGCAAUUUUUAAAAGAUGAAGUCAUUAGAGUUACCAAGACUGAUGAAGAUAGAAAAAUCAGUGAACAAGCCUUCGUAGCCGCCUUACAGCAUGAGAUUGAAUUCUUCAAUGCCUGUUAUGAGUAUUCUACCUAA